AUGGUGAGUGUGUUACUGGCAGUACAUCCACCAAGGUUCCGAGAAAUGCGCAGUGGUGGUGAUUUAGUGGUGGUUGUGGUGGCGAAUGAUCGUGGUCAAGGUGGUGGUCGCAGGCUCAGUGAUUUGAAAAGGUGUUUUUGCAGGUCCUCUCUGCAACGAGGCCUUUUCCGAGAAGUGGUUUUGCUGGAGAUUCGGUCCAAGCUUAACUCGUUCGCAGCAUUGAAAGUGUUGGUUAACCCUUUCUUGCUCAGAUUCUUCGCCCCGCUGGAAUUAUUGGUGCAGCAGGUGAAGAGGGCCUCUUUUGCCAAUGCGUGUGGCAAAUUCUCUGAAAGAUGCUACCUCCUAAAUAUGUGCGCUCACCCAGACAUCCAGACAUCACAGCUUGAAUCACAAGGCAUUGGCUUGAUGAGCGGGCCGUCCGUAUACAGUGAGCGGUCGCCCAAUGAAGCAACACUUUGGCAGUUGGUGGGAAGCCCGCCCACGCGCAAAAAGGGCUGCAGCCCAGUGCCGCUGACCCCAGGAGAUGCAGAUGCUGAGCUUUGA